UAGAAAAACUUAAAUACAUUAACUAUUUUUGGUCAUUACAUAAAAAUGAUUUUACUCCCAGUUCUAUAAGCAGUGAUAUUUAUAUAUUUGUAUCUAUAGCAAUAUGAAAGAAGAACCAACUAGAGAUGGUGGUAUCAGGUGGAUGUCAUGGGUAAUUGGCAGUAGCAAGAACGUUCAACGAAAUGAUGAUACUAUACCUGGGAAACAUCGUUUAUGGCAGUUGAUUCAAAUGAGAAGAAUACACGGGAGUAAAGUUGGUGGUACAGGUCGGAUGUUAUCGUCAAGUGAAAAACUUAGCCUUACACCACUAAUUUUUCGUCAGAGUUCUACCGUUGACGGGGAUGUAUGUUUGUUGACAGAUAGCCCUUACAGAAUUUUGAGAGCUGCCGAAAGUGGCAACUUAGAUGAUUUCAACCGUCUUUUUAUAGCAGAACCAGCUCGUCUUGAUGUGAGAGAUUCAAAAGGUCGAGCAGCCGUACAUCAAGCAGCUGCCAGAAAUAAAUUAAAUAUAUUACAAUUUAUUCGUAACCACGGUGGAGAUUUGAACUUAAAAGAUUCUUUUGGAAACACUCCAUUGCACAUAGCAAUUGAACACAAUUCUCUGGACGCAGUGGAAUAUUUGUUUCAAAAUGGUGCUGACCCGAGUGCAUUAAAUGACAAAAAGCAAGCGGCUUUACACUUAGCGGUCGAGCUAAACCGUGUAGCCGUUCUUCAAGUAAUGUGCAAAUUUAAAGAUCGGAUUGAAAUCGGCCAAGGUGGCAAACAUGGUAGGACAGCACUUCACUUGGCUGCCAUACACGAUAAUGACGAAUGCGCACGUAUAUUGGUCACAAGUUUCGCAGAUUCAAAAUUAAAAUUUUCCAUUGACGAAGAUACUAUACCGAAUCGAAAGUCAUAUAGUUUCAGUUUCUUAUGUUCAAUAUUCAAAAUGUGCCUGACGUGGAAAUAUACUAAAUAUUAUAAGAAACGGUGCAAUAUUUGUCCGAUAAAGAUGCGAGACCUGGGUGCUGAUAAUAGACAACCCUGUCACAAUGGAUAUUACCCAAUUCACGAAGCAGCAAAAAAUGCAGCGUCCAGAACGAUGGAAGUACUUUUGCAAUGGGCUGAGAGCAGAGGCAAUUCAAGACAUCAAAUGAUAUCGUUUUUCGACGCCGAGGGAAACGUACCGCUUCACUCUGCAGUACAUAGUGGAGAUUUUAAGGCUGUGGAAUUAUGUUUGAAAUCUGGAGCGAAAAUUUCAACUCAACAAUAUGAUUUGUCCACUCCAGUUCAUUUGGCUUGUGCUCAAGGAGCCAUAGACAUAGUCAGAUUAAUGUUUGGUUUACAGCCUGACGAAAAGGCCCAGUGUUUAUGUUCUUGUGAUGUACAGAAAAUGACGCCACUUCAUUGUGCUGCUAUGUUUGACCGAUCUGAAAUCGUACAAUAUCUUAUAGAAGAGGGAGCCGACAUAAACGCUUUGGAUAAAGAAAGUAGAUCUCCAUUGCUGUUAGCUGCCAGUAGGUCGGGAUGGAGGACAGUUGCAAGUUUAAUUCGAUUAGGCGCUGACAUUCAAGUUAAAGAUUCCAGCAAAAGAAAUGUCUUACAUUUAGUAGUUAUGUAUGGAGGAAGACUUGACGAAUUUGCUCACGAGAUCACAAUGGCAAACCAUCAAGGAGCUUUGGAAUUGUUAUUGAAUGAAAAAGAUAAUACUGGAUGUUCACCUUUGCAUUACGCAAGUAGAGGUGGGCACAUACGAAGUUUGGAAAGCUUAAUUCGACUAGGAGCAUGUGUGAAUAUAAAAAAUUAUAACGGCGAAAGCCCUUUACACUUUGGUGCUAGGUAUGGGAGAUAUAAUAUAGUCAAAAGAUUAUUGAAUUCAGAAAAGGGGGCUUUUAUUAUAAAUGAAUCGGAUGGCGAAGGACUUACACCUUUACAUAUAGCAUCUCAACAAGGACAUACAAAAGUAGUGCAAUUAUUCUUGAACAGAGGAGCCUUAUUGCAUCGCGAUCACAAAGGUCGUAAUCCUUUACAUUUAGCUGCUAUGAGUGGUCAUACACAAACAAUAGAACUAUUACAUUCUGUACACUCACAUCUACUAGAUCAAUGUGAUAAAGAUAAAAAUACAGCUUUGCAUUUAGCGACUAUGGAGAAUAAACCAAAUGCUAUAACACUGUUACUGUAUAUGAACUGUAAAUUAUUAUUCAACUCUUUAGAUUUGAGUGCAAUUGAUUACGCAAUUUACUAUAAGUUUCCCGAGGCUGCACUAGCGAUGGUUACUCACGAUUCAAGAGCUGAAGAAAUAAUGACAUUGAAAUCAGAUAGGCACCCUUGUGUUACAUUGGCGUUGAUCGCAUCCAUGCCACGUGUUUUUGAAGCUGUACAAGACAAAUGCAUAACAAAAGCUAAUUGUAAAAAAGAUUCCAAACAAUUUUAUAUAAAGUAUUCAUUCUCAUGUCUUCAAUGUCCAAUGGUUCAAAAAAAUGGAGCGACUGGUACAUUAAAACCCACUCCGUUGCCUGCCUUGAAUGCAAUGGUCAACCAUGGUAGAGUUGAACUCUUAGCACAUCCAUUAAGUCAAAAGUAUUUACAAAUGAAAUGGAAUACAUAUGGAAAAUACUUUCAUCUUGCACAUUUAUUGUUCUACACGAUAUUUUUAAUAUUUGUAACUUUAUUUUCCUCUCAACUAAUGGUUUACAAUAAUCAAGAUAAUAUGUAUAAUGCUACGAGUAAUGCACUAUUAACUGUCGAUACUACGACAAAUGUAGCCACGCUUAAGACAGUAGCAGUUAUGAUUGUCAUUUAUGUGUUCAUGAACAGCGCUCGUGAAGGGAUUCAAUUCUAUCAACAAGGAUGGCCAUACCUAUUGGAUCCCACGAAUGUUGUGGCGAUAUUGUUAUAUUUUUCAGCUAUAGCCAUGAUUGCACCGAUAUUAACAAAUUGUUUGCCUGAGUAUCAAAUAUCUUUUGCUAGCAUAACUGUAUUUCUUAGCUGGUUCACGUUACUUCUUAAUCUACAGAGAUUCGAUCAGGUAGGAAUAUACGUUGUUAUGUUUCUCGAAAUCUUACAAACCUUGAUCAAAGUACUGCUCUUAUUUUCUAUAUUAAUUGCUGCUUUUGGUUUAGCGUUUUACAUUUUAUUAUCGAGGGGUAAUCAUUUGUCAUUUAGUACGAUACCAAUGUCAUUAUUACGGACUUUUGCAAUGAUGUUGGGUGAAAUAGAUUUACUGGGAACUUACAUACAACCUUUGUAUGCUGAAGACGACGACCAAGAAAAUGGUCAGGCUAGAACGCCUAGAACUAUACCAUAUCCAGUCCCCGUGUUUUUGAUGCUUGGCGUAUUUAUGGUUCUCAUGCCUAUUCUUCUAAUGAAUCUACUUAUUGGUUUGGCUGUUGGUGAUAUAGAAUCUGUCAGACGAAAUGCACAGCUUAAAAGACUAGCGAUGCAGGUUGUGCUGCAUACAGAGCUGGAACGCAAGUUGCCACGCGUGCUGAUGGAAAAGAUCGAUAAAGCGGAACAGAUCGAAUAUCCAAACGAAAGAAAAACAAAAAUGGGCUUUUUGGAUUUUAUCUUGCGAAAAUGGUUUUGUAACCCGUUCUCUGAUGACGCAAUCGAAAUGGUAUUAGAAAAUAAUGAAAAUCAUUUGGCUGACGAGAUUGGAAAAGUAAAAGAUCGAUUGAAAACGAUCACUAGCUCGCUUGAAAACCAACAAACAUUUCUCCGUCUAAUUAUACAAAAAAUGGAAAUUAAGACUGAAGAAGAUGAAGUGGAUGAAGGCGUGUCAGCUAAAGAAAUGGCGUUCACGAAUAAUAUAAACGGGAAAUGGUCUUCACCAAGAGUUAGAACAAAACUUAAAACGUCUUUUAGUUUUUCUAAAUGUCACACUAAAUAGUUCAAUGUAAUAUUUAGUAGUAAAUAGAUUAAAUAUACCUGCAGUGUGUCUUACCGUGUUUAUCUUGAUAAUAUAUUGUCACACGCCCACUAUAUUUUGUGCAAUAUAUUAUACUUCUUUACCAGCAUCAUGUUGUCUAUAAACGGUUAGGUUAUAUUACGCGACACGAUUGACGUAUACGGAUCGUAGACCUGAGCAAAAUACGAAGCGAUUCGUCAAAGUCGAAGUGUGAUAAUUAGUUGUACGGGGUUCGACAACCGUCUUGCACAAAUGAAUAUACAAAGAAUAGAUAUAAUCAUAAUUUAAUUUUUAAAAUAUUUGGCACAAAUUAGCUCUAUGGAUUAAGACCGUUUAAGGAUGUGAAAAAAAGCAAACUAGUUAUUUUUUUUUUAUAAAUUAAUAUAAUAAACGUACCUAUAGGUUUAUAUAUAUUACGGAUAUAAGUUUUAAAAUUGAAUGACAGAGACUAACACGGUGAUACACUUUGCUUGUAUAUAAUUAUAUACAUUUAAAUAUCGAUACUCUACUGUUGAUUAUAGAGUUAUUACUAGAAACUUAUAUUAUUAGUAUAAUGUUGUAUUUUCACAUAGAUAUAUAAAUAUAUAGCACAGGCGAUCACAGUAUUUGUUUAGGAACGCAUUCUCUAUAUUAUUUUGGACCAUAGGCGCAAUUUCAAUAAAAAAAAAACCGAGGGUGCUUAAGCUCUUCAUUUUUCAGUCAUAGCGUUGAAUCGCUGCAGAAUGUGAUAUUAUAUAAAAAAUAUUUGAGGGUGCUAAUUUUAAAAUUGGGGGUGUUAAUACACCCUAAAGCCCGCUAAUUGCGCCUAUGUUUCGGACUACAUAACAUUGUUACGACCUUUAUCCAAGAAUAGGUCUGUUUUUGAUUUUGUUUUUUUGCAACAGGAUUUAUUUGUAAAAACAAGUUUUAUGUUUAUUUGCUUUAUCUUAAAUUUUGCCACAUUUUUGGUUUGUGCAGGCGCUCUUGUAGCCAAGUUUUAAUUAAAAUUUUGAAGAGGAAUAUCUUUAACUGGUUGGUUUGAUUUAAAGAAACACAACCUUUUUUAAAUAAAUAUUUAUCUAAAAUAAUAAUUAUAGAACGGUUUUAUUUUUACGUAAAAUACAAAUUAAUAUUUACAAUAAAUAAAUUAUAAUCCAUAUCUACUAAAUAAAACAAUUUAUAUUUUAAACAAUUAAUUCAUAUAUGAACUUAAUUUUGUGUUCAUAUACGAACACCAAUACUAUUUAAAAAUGUAUUACUUAGGGUUAUUUUUAAUAAUAUGUUUCAUUAUUCAGAUACAGGAUGAUUAUUUAAUUAAUUAAUCAUAGUACAAUUUUGGUUCGCCAUUAAUUUAUCAAUAUGUAAAGUUCAAUGUUUCUCUAAAACAUUAAAAAACCAAAAUUUGUUUAAAAAGUGUUAUGUUCUAAAGUUAUUAUUUAAGCAUUAAAAAAGGGCUCUUUCAAUAAUUGUGAAAGCAAUGAGGCGAACAAAGUUUGAAUUAUUUCAAAAUAUAAAGUCUUGUGUAUAACAGUUAAUAACUACCUAAUAAUUUAAAGUUUAGAAAUAAUAAUUGUCCUGUAUUAUUUAUUGACUGAUAUGUUAUGUUAAUAAUCAUCCUGUGUAUGUAUACAUUUAUUAACUGCAUAUUAUAUUUUAAUGUUAUGUAGUAUUAAGCGUUUAAACUGUAUUGACAAUUGUAUCAAUAUAGAUGAAAGCCUGAUAUGAAAUCGAAUUCUUGUAUGUGAUAAUUUAUUAUUGAAUAGUUUUAAACGUUAUAGUAGUUAAACUUGUGGUGGCUAUCCUAGUAGAUAUUAUAUUGUGACGUUGUGUUGAUUGUGCUGCUGACAUAUUUGGCUUCCUUCUAUAAAUAUUUUGUAUGCCACAAAAUACUUGAAUACCUAUAAAAUUCGAUGUUUCAAUUGUUUGGCCAUUUUUGGUUGAAAAACAAAGAUAUUAAAUUCAUAACCCCUUCAUUAGCCCAAAUGUCAUAAAUGCCACUAAUGCAAUCAUCAUAAUACAUAAUGGGAUAUACCUGCCAUCAGAAAUAUAAUUAUAUUAUGAUGAAUAACAAUUUAUAGAGAAUAACACUUUUCGAUUAAAAUAUCUAUUAACCAAUGACAA